UGUGUACGGUUGCUAGCUAACGGCUAGCUAACUAAUGCCAGCGUAAGUGAAGCCUGUAAGUCCAGCCGAAAAUGGAUUAUAUAAGUUAUUCUGGCGGAUGAAUACCCUGAAAGCGUUACGAGCACACAUUUACCCACUUAAUGAUGUGCGAAUAAGGCUGUGCAGAAUGCCUGCUGGAUAUACAGACGAUAUUUAAUGAAUACAGAAGUCUGUCGGUAGGUGUCUUAAAGGUUUUAGGCACUCACAUGAGCUCCAGGGAGACAGCCAAGAUGGGGGACAUCUUGGCAACUGAAGCCGAUCUUCUUGGGAUGAUCAAGGAGUACCUCAAGUUUGAGGAUUUUGAAGAGACUGUUCACAGUUUUGAUAAGGAGUGCAAAAACAAAGGCAAGCUUGUCUCAAAGCCUCAAGGGAGCACUCUCAGAGACUCAAAGACUCGUGUCAUUCAGAAAGACCUCCUCAGCUCUUUUGAUGAUGGAGACCACAAAGUGUUCUUUGAACUGUGGACAGACAAUAUUCCUUCAGAGGUCAAAGACACAGACACUGAGGCCCAGAGCCUGGAGUUCUACCUUCACAUCCACUUCACUAUCUUCCCACUGAGGAGGCACCCUGGUAGACAUGACCGAGCUGAGUUUGAGGAGAGGAUUUCCCACUUCAAGCAGUACCUGGAGACUCGGGGAGCAGCACUGAGCCAGACCACUAAGUUCCUGCCUUACUAUGCCUUGCCUUUUGUUCCCAACCCCACUAUCCACCCAUCUUUCAAAGAUCUUUUCCAGGAUUCCUGGAUACCGCAGCUGAGGGAUAAGCUGGAGCAGUUUCUGUCAGUGGCACUGAAGCCGUCCAACACCCCAAGGCUGCUGCAUUUAUACAAGGAGGGAGGAAGGAGUACCAAGGAGGUCAUACAGCAGUUACAGCUCCAGCUGGUCGAGUCAGACCGGCGCAUCGCCAGCUUCGUACGGAAGUUCAGCAAGAUGAAGGCCGACUACCAAAGCCUGAUUGGAAUCACUGCUGAGCUUGUUGAUUCGUUGGAGGCCACCGUCAGCGGAAAAAUGAUCUCCCCUGAGUACCUGCAGAGUGUGUUUGUUCGCCUGUUCAGCAGUCAGAUGAGGCAGAGCGUUGUGCAGAGCACCGACUUCACCAGACCCGGCACUGCCUCCUCAAUGCUGCGAGCAUCCAUUGCACCGCAGAGACCGAAGGAGGUGCCAAUGUUGCCCUCAUUAGACUAUGAAAAGCUUAAGAAAGACCUGGUUGAAGGCCCAGACAGACUGAGGUCGCUGCUACUUCAGGCACUGUGCUGGAGACUCACACGCUCACUUCCUGGUGAACAGAGAGACACAGUGCUUCAGGCCUAUAUCAGUAACGAUCUGCUGGAGCGCUACAGCACUAAACAGAAGACCGUGCUUCAUUUAAUAAGAUCGAAGAACGAGAUUGUCCGCCAGUACGUGGCUCGUCUCAUCAAUGCAUUCGCUUCCCUUGCAGAGGGUCGGGUUUACCUCUCCCGGAUCCCCAUUCUUCUCAGACUUCUGACAGAGGCACUCAGGACGGAGGAAAAAGACUCCCUGGCAAGAGAAAAUGUGCUUGUGGCCCUGCAGAAACUCAGCCUCAGGAGGAGUCAGCAGACUGCCAUGAUAGCAGACGAUCUGAUUGGCUGGCUGGUGGAUGAGCUGCAGGAUUCCGACUGCCUGAGUGACUGCACCCUGCAGUACUCUGCAGCUCUGCUCAUGAACCUGUGUCUAAGAACAAAAGGAAAAAGGAAGUGUGCAGAGAACGCCAAGCAUGUGCUGAAGGUUCUAACUGACCUCCUUGGACAUGAGAACCAUGAGAUUCGGCCAUAUGUGAAUGGAGCCCUGUACAGUAUCCUGUGUAUUCCCUCUGUGAGACAGGAAGCCAAAGAGAUGAGUGUAGAGGAGAUUCUCCGCUGCUACAGCAAGGAGGAGAACCCAGACCUCAACAGACAGUUUGAGUUCAUCAUUAAACUGCUGAACUCAGCCGAAGAAGAGGGGCCAGAAUCAGACGAUGAAGAAGAAGAGGACGACAAUGAUGAGGAUUUAAUGGAGACAGACCUUGAUACAGAGGAUCUCCUCCAACCGCAGCCCAGGGAGCUGUCUGGGGAGAGUCUGCUCACCACCGAAUACCUGGGAAUUAUGACCAACAUGGUAAAAGCGAAGAGGAAGUCAACACCUCUGACACAACCAAGUGCAGAUGAACCCCUGCAACGGCCGGUCACACCAAGUUCUAAUCGUAAUGUCAACAUAGUGGAUUACAGAUCCUGCAGUCAAGGGGAUGAAGGUAGCAGGGAUGGGGAAUACCCUCUGAGCAGACAAAAGAGUGAACAUGGAAGUCUUCCUCCUUCCCGACACAACUCCCGACCUCCUACGCGCUCUGGAAGUCGACCCAGCACUGCUGACUCCCUACGUCACAGCAUUGACUCAGAGUGUGGCCGGCUGUCCCAGGAGUCAGAGUUGGACGGGCUGCAUGAAGGGCGAGCCAGAAAAGGACGUUCCCAGGAGGAACACAAUGGACACUCUGCCAGCGGUGAUUACAUCCCUGCAUUUGAAAGUGUGCACAAGAUUCCCCGUACACCGGACACAGCGGGCAUCCAGAACAGUGAUCACCGGGGUCGAAGCCUCACUCUGGCACCCCAGUUUUCCCAGUCUGAACCGCAGCAGAGCAGCCGGCCAGGCUCCGCCAGCUCCAGCGGAGGAGGGGGGCGACAAAGUGGAAGCAGCCAAUCCAAGAGGAGGUGAAGAGGGGGCUGUCACCAUGGAGUAGUGCUAUCUCCCCGGGAGCAUCGGGCUUCCUGUAACAUCAUCCCCCCAGGUUGUGAUCAGGGUCAGGGCAACAGAGAUGGUCGAGGAUCAGUGGCAGGGGCUUGAACAAUGUGAAGGAUUGUGGCGCUGCAUCCCCCCCCCCCACCCUUUCUGCUUCAGCACAGACUUCUUCUGUAACACGAUAUGAGGUCGGACAAUAAUCACAACCCCCAGGUGAUAGUUUCAGGCACACCUCGAUAUGCGCAACAUCCUGCAGCAAUGAUAAAACACAUGCGUAUGAAGAAAUAGGGGAGUAUAGCUCUGAGUUUGUGCAGUACAAGAAAAAAUGUUUGAUCACCAUUUUCUGUCUGUUGACUGGUGCUGAAUAGUUUUCUGACAUAAGUACAUUCCUCCUUCACAUCAGCAGAGUUAAACAAAAUGUCCAGAAAGACGCCUCUUUUUGUCGAUGAAUCCUGAACUGUUCAUACGUAAGCACAGUACGUUUCAGAUUUGUUUUGGCAACAUGUAAACUGCAGAGAAAACAGACAUGCCUAGUGAUGAAAUAUUUUUCUGUUUAUCUUUCUGUCUCUGUCUCGAAGUUUGAUUCAUUCACUGUCAGGCAAUGCAAUGUUUUUCUGUCUUUGAAUUGAUUGUACAGACAUGUAUAAAAAGAAAAAAAAUAGUGAGACGAAAGCUUAUUCGCAAAGUUCUGGUAUUGUUUCUACAAAUUUAUAAUCUUCUGGAUUUCGCAAUGUGCUGUAUAUAUUGAUUUUUGACUCGGGUGGAAAAUAUCCGUCCACAAAAAUAAAUAAUUCUAUCAGCUUUUCUUCAAAUCUUCUAUCGGAGUAGCUGCUGUUGUUUAACCUAUGCUCCAGGAAAUGUUUACAGGGAAGACACAGGAUUUUGACCUGACUUGUCAGGUUAGUGCAUGUUUUCAAAACAGCUUUUUUGCUGUUACUAUACACUACCAUCCAUACGACUUGAAUUUGUGUGAGUGUCUUAAAUCCAGCAUUUUUUUCAUUGUACAUUUGCACUGUUUUACCAGGUGUCCUGAUGUGCAGAAUAUUUACGUUCAGUGCUGCGUUUUUGUUGUAAUGCAAUUGAUUUUGAUACUCUGUAAGUGGUUUUGAAUAAAUGUGUAACGUAUCUGGUC